AUGGAACGACAGUGGAAUUUUCCGGCGGAUUGCUCGGUAUUAUGCGGCUAUGGCGACAAGAAAGGAAUAUGGAACAGUGGUGCAACGCAAUUUAACGCCGCGAUCAAAUUCGACUCAUAUGAAUCAAGUUGGCCGGAAAAAUUGGCGCAAAGAUAUCAAUUGGCGCAAGUACGACUUAUGACGGAUCCGGAUGUGGCUUUCCUCCGACUACGCCGAGCAAUCCAAAUCGUUCGAUGA